UGCGGUGGCAGAGCGAGGGCCAGAGAGCGGUGAGGGGCAAGAUACAACGCACGCAGCGAGAGAUCGAGAGCGAUCAAGGAGAAGGGAGGGGAAGGCGAGGAGGAGAACUCGUGCGUCGUACACUCCCGACAAUGGCCGACUCACACGCUGCGAGCAACGGUACUGCUGCUCCCGGCGGCAUGUCGGAUGGCGGUGAUGGUUUGCUGGAGCCUAUGAAGUAUGUCGUGGUGACAGGGGGCGUCGUGAGCGGGCUGGGCAAAGGUGUGACGAUCAGCAGCAUCGGACGCAUGCUGAAAAACUGCGGGCUGCGGACGACCUCGAUCAAGAUCGACCCAACACGGACGCUGGCACCAUGUCGCCUUUCGAGCACGGGGAGGUGUUCGUCCUUGACGACGGGGGUGAGGCCGACCUUGACCUGGGCAACUACGAGCGGUUUCUCGGGGUUCGGCUGUCGAGGGACCACAACAUCACCACCGGAAAGGCGAGUUUACCAAUCGGUUAUUUCGAAGGAGCGCAAGGGGGAGUACCUCGGCAAGACGGUGCAGGUCGUGCCGCACAUCACGGACGAAAUUCAGGCGUGGAUAGAGCGAGUGGCAGAGAUCCCGGUGGACGGGUCGAACCAGCGCCCGGACGUGUGCCUCAUCGAGGUCGGGGGCACCGUGGGCGACAUCGAGUCGUCUGUGUUCCUGGAGGCGCUCAGGCAGUUCCAGUUCCGCGUCGGGCGCGAGAGGAUGUCCCUGGUGCACGUGACCCUCGUGCCGGUGCUGGGGAGCGUCGGGGAGCAGAAGACGAAGCCCACCCAGCAGACCGUGAGGGAGCUGCGCUCUGUCGGGCUGCACCCCGACGUGAUCUGCUGCAGGAGCGCGGAGUUGCUGGAGGAGUCCACCCGCAACAAGAUCUCCAUUUUCUGCCAAGUGCCUGCGACAAGCGUCCUCACGGUGUACGACGUGACGAACAUCUACAAAGUGCCCCUCGUUCUCGUCGAGCAGGAUCUGCACAACAUCUUCCGGCGGCAGCUUGGCUUCGCUCGCACUCGGUUCGUGUCGCCGCCGGACAUGGCGAAGUGGGACCGCCUGGCGAGCUGCGUGGAUGAGGUGACGACGCCGGUGCGCAUCGCUAUCGUGGGAAAGUACACGGGGCUGCAGGACUCGUACCUCAGCGUCAUCAAGGCCCUGAAGCACUCUGCCGUGCACGCGAAGAGAGAUCUGCAGCUCAUCUGGGUUGAGGCGUCCGACUUAGAGGUGGAGUCCAAGGAGGCAUCCCCGGACAAGCAUGCAGAGGCGUGGAGCACCCUCACGGGCGUCGACGGGGUGGUGCUACCCGGGGGGUUCGGCACGAGAGGGGUGGAGGGGAAGAUCCUUACCGCAAAGUGA